GGCCCGGCGAGCCGCCGCCGCCGCCGCCGCCGCGCGCUUCUUGUUCCUCUGCGCAUCCCGAGGCCGCGCCCCCUCCGUGCCCUACAAGGGGAUUGGUGGAGGCGGCCUCGUACAUUUGUCAACCCGGGCGAGUCUAUUUAAAGCCUGCAUUUUGCCGCCAGUGGCUUCUCGCCGCCUCUCGCCUCUCGCUCCCGCGCCCCUCCAGCCGCAGAAGCGCCAGCAUGUCCGACAAGCUGCCCUACAAAGUUGGUAAGGGAGCCUCGUUGCAUGUUUUUGUGGGUUUUGAUUGCUCUCUGUGCUUAAGGCCUGCAGAGAGCGAGCGAGCGAGAAAACUAGCGUGCUCCCGGUUUUCAUCGGGGGUGGCUGGGCCUGGAAUGGUGCGUUUUCUACCAUGUUUCCCCCUCUCUCUUUUCUUCGUCGUGAUGUUUUAUAGGCAAAUGAAUUUUUUUGCACCGUUUUCAUUGUUCUCGCUCCACUCCCGCAACCAUUUUUUUUAAAAAGUAGAAUUUGCAAAUAUUAAUAAUGAUGAUGCUAAAUGUUAUCCCCCCCCCUAGCCCAGUUCUGGUGUGCAGGGAGGGCUUAUUUUUUCUCUCCUUCCCGUAGUCCAAAAUGGACUUUGGCUUAGCUGGGCUAGCGUGUAAUUUCUGAGCAAACUCCAUGUGGGCUCAGGAGAAAGGUCUGCUUCUGGGAAAUGUAGUCCCUCUGAUCAUUCGGCAGAAGGUUUGUUUCCUGGUCGUGGAGCCGCGAGGACUGCAUUUCCCAGAAUGCUCUCGGGGACCAUGCUGUCAAGCCGUCGCUGCUGCUUCCUUGCGUUAAGCACGCUGCAGGUUUCUAUGAAUCGCCCCUGCUUAGGGAGAAGCCUGACUAUUUUGAAAUACGUGGGUAGAUCCGUCAGAGAUAGAAGGGAUUUUUGGAAUUGGAUAAGAACCCCACCCCGUUUCUCCAGUCGCGUACAAUAAAAUGUUUCGCAACGUCAUAAUCUGCUACCUUUGCAGAAGGAGCUUAAAACUAGGGCAGAGGCUUAAAGGGAAAGUUGUGCAAUCGUAUGACUACGUCAGAAUAUCAGGCUUUGAUAUACGUUAAGAAGAUUCCCCCCCCCCCCCAUUUCUUUAUAGUUUUAGUUUGGGCUUUUCCCAUCUUGGCCUCUUCUAGAGAUGCUUAGUGUAUGAUCUGAAGACAUCUGAAACAAUGAUCGACAGGCAGAAUGCCUGUCAUGUGCUUAAAUGAGAAUGAAAAAUGAAGCUAUUGAUGUACUGAGAAAAUGUGGAAAAAAUCUCUAGGUUUCACCAUGCAAAUCACUGGGAUUCACUGUAGCGGGUCACCAAAAGAUUUUGCUACUCAGUUACAAGAACCUGACGUGUGCUAAAGUUAGCUAUCUUAUACCAAAGUGUGAAGAUCUUAAAACUGCCCUUUCUCUAUUUUCCAUUCAAUUAUUGAAGUAUCUGAAGUUUGGGUAGGGCAGGGGGGAAAACAAGACAUCCCAGUUCUAUUCAAGGUUAAUGCUGGCAUCCCAGUUACCCAUUAAGCGGUUUGCAUCAGCACUUUUGUUUCUCUGCCACUUCAAAGGCUUCAUGUCACUUACCUGAUGCAACAUUUGUCAGUCUUUUCUGGGUUCAUUCCCACAAGAGUCUCUCAUAAGAUUAUGACACACAGGUAAGGUAAAGGUAUAGGACCCCUGGAUGCUUAAGUCCACUCAAAGGUGACUAAGGGGUGUGGCGUUCAUCUCACUUCAGGCCUAGAGAGCCAGCAUUUGUCCACAGACAGUUUUCCGGGACAUGUGGCCAGCAUGACUAAACCGCUUCUGUUGCAUCGGAACACUGUGAUGGAAGCCAGAGCGCACAGAAAUGACGUUUACCUUCCCGCCGCAGCGGUACCUAUUUAUCUACUUGCACUGGUAUGCUUUUGAAGUGCUAGGUUGGCAAAAGCUGGGGCAGAGCAACAGGAGCUCACUCUGUUGUGGGGAUUCGAACUGCCAACCUUCCAAUCAGUCAGGACCCCACUGUUUUUGGCCUUUGGUUUUGUGGCUUGGUCUAGCAGAAACAGGCACAGACAGAACCCUCUGAACUACAAAGGGCAGCAAAUGCUGCUGAGAAGACAAAAUUAUUUAGGUUAAUGAAAGACCUAUUUAGGUUAAUGAAAUACUAGUAAGUGCUUUCAGAAGACAACAAAGGUAUUAACAGUGCCAAAUCCUGCCUAAGGUUCUUUCAUAUGUUGUGAUGAAAUAGUGCCCAGUGGGAUGGGUCAAAGUCGCAGAUCAUAGUGGGGCUGAAAUUUGUCCACUGCCUCCCCCUACCCUCACCACCUACUCAAACCUUUGUUUCCUUAACAUUUGAGUGCCCAUUUAUUCAACCACCUUGGUGAAGUCUUGGCUUAUGGUUGCCAAUUCUACUUACUGAAUUAUAGUUACUAGAAAUCACUGCAAAGUGUGCUUGCCCUACUAUACCAUGGGGGUUUUUUUGUUUUUGUUAUAUCCCUCCCAUCUUUAGUUCUAGCAUCUGAUGCAGCAAUUUGCUAAUGUCAAAUUUAUAGGGUGCUGUGAAGCUCCUGAGUAGCACUUCUGCAGGAGGAAAAGUUGACAUUGCCAUGCACAUUCUUUUAAGAACAUUCUUUUCAGGGUUUGUGGGUGGCGCUGUGGGUUAAACCCCUGAGCCUAGGGCUUGCCGAUCAGAAGGUCGGUGGUUCGAAUCCCAGCGACGGAGUGAGCUCCCAUUGCUCGGUCCCUGCUCCUGCCAACCUAGCAGUUCGAAAGCACAUCAAAGUGCAAGUAGAUAAAUAGGUACUGCUCCGGCGGGAUCGUGAACGGCGUUUCCAUGCACUGCUCUGGUUUACCAGAAGCGGCUUAGUCAUGCUGGCCACAUGACCCGGAAGCUGUAUGCCAACUCCCUCGGCCAAUAAAGCGAGAUGAGCGCUGCAACCCCAGAGUCAUCCGCAACUGGACCUAAUGGUCAGGGGUCCCUUUACCUUUUAUGUCUCCUUAGAACUAAGUCCCACUGAUUCCGGUGGAGCUUCUUCCCAGGUCUGCAGCUUUACUAGAUCCAGAUCAGAGGUCCUUCUAGCUAGUAUUUUGUUUUCAACAAUAGCCAAGCGGGUGCCUCUACAAAGACAACAGGCUGGAUACCUUGAACUUGGACAGUAGACAGGACCAAAGGAAGUAGAUGUGCACUCAAGAUCUCUGCAGAAAAGAAAUAUGUGGGGUAACUUUAUGAGCUCUUACUUGCAGUGCACAUAUUCUUCUCUUCACUCUUUUGGAUCAUGUAGGCACCAAGGUGUUUUAGUGCUGCAGAUCUAUAUGGUCCUGGCCACACAGAGUGACAGUAAAAUGUAUGCCCACCAGUGUCAAUGAUGGAUGUAUCAUACUACCUUUAGCUUUUUUAGGAGCCAGCUUUUAUUGUGGAUGUUUGCACCUGAAAGGCUUUAAAAUGGUAUCUUCUUCAUAUAUUUUAUGAGAUUUCUCUGAAUAUUUGUUUCCUGAGCUCUGUUGGCUGGCUGUUCCCUUCUUUUUAAAAAAGAUUUUUAAAGAUCUAAGUGCUUGGCAAAUGAGUUUUCCUGUAUUUUCUGCAAGAUUAGCAUGUGGUGUAAUACAAGCUAAGUGAUGCUGUGUCAUAAAGGUUUAAUGUACCAAUGUUUGGGAAAUGAAAGCUAUAUUUAGUUGCAAAGAACUUAUGGCUGGGGUUUAUCUUGUUCUUAGUUCUUUUAGAGCUGACAAAUGCCCUCAGUCUUAAAUGUAUUCCUUGCAGAAUGUUGCAGUUCCAUGGAAUGGUUCUCCCUUGGCCCUUAUUCCAGAAGCACCUUGCUUCAAAGACUUUACAGAAGAAAUUGCCUGGAAAUGAUGGUUUCUUGUAACUUAGAGAACAUUACACCUAAAUCGGAUUACCUGUAUAUGAUUUUUUAUUUUUUAUUAUUUGUAAAAUGGAGGUAGAAUUUAAUAAAUCUCUUAGCAUAGUAAUACACAGUGUAUGCAUAAGCUCUUAACCAAAAGGUUUCAAGAGAAAAUGAAGACUACUGCUCCUCUCUCCCAGCUGCUGCCAAAUGUCUCUCUUGAUAGCUUCAUAGCAGUUGUGCUGCUGCUGCUGCUGCUGCUGCUGCUAGUGGAGAACCUGAAUGAAUUACAGUUUCAUGAAUGCCUGUUCCAACCACCUGUUGCUCCUUAUGCUUAUAGCUGACAUCAGCCUUGCAGAAUGGGGUCGCAAGGCCCUUGAAAUUGCUGAGAAUGAGAUGCCAGGGUUGAUGAAGAUGCGGGAGAUGUACUCUGCAGCAAAGCCACUGAAAGGUGCUCGGAUUGCUGGCUGCCUACACAUGACUGUUCAGACUGCAAUUCUGAUUGAAACUCUGGUGGCGCUGGGUGCGGAGGUAAGCAUGUUUUGGAUUCCUUCUUUAAGGAAGAGAGAGAAAGAAGGAACCUCAUUGUUGUUGGCUAAAGUGGAACAAAAUGGCCCAGACAGUGUUUGUUCAAUGUUUUUAAGAGAAAUGGCAGAAUUAAAAACAAAACAAAACACUUGAACUUGUUCUGAAAAUUAACUUGUGUUUCCCUUAGUAAAGAGGACUACUGACCCAUACCAAAUGGAGCAUUUUCAUGCAUCACGUUUAAGUAAAGCCACAGACUCUGAACACAGGUCUUUUGUAGGUAUGGUUAGCCAUUAAGAGUCAAAGUAUAGUUGGAGUUGUGUAGCUGUUGAAUAAAUAGCCAGUGCAAGAGCCAGAUCAGUACUGUGGCAUGUGGGUUUUUUUUUUGUUGGUUUUUAAAAACUUUUUGCCCCUCCUGCAGCUCCAAUCCCACUUUUGGGCUUCUUCUGCCCUGGCUAUUUGUUAAACAAAAAAACAGGUGGACCAAUUUGGCAGCCUCUAGAUGUUGAUUGGCUGCAGUUCCCAUCAUUCUUGACGAUAGGGUGGCUGGGGUGAGUUGGAGUUGGAGUAUGACAACUGGAGGGCACCAGGUUAGGCAAGGCUGAGCUAGGCAAUAUUGAACACUUGGAGUUUGUUCCUGAUCAUGCUUCAGAGCAGUCAUAGUUGGCACUGAGGAAGCACAUUGGGGAGUACCUCAUUAGAGCAGCAGCGCUGGCUAUAGGGAUUUAGACCUGUUUUUCUGGUGUAAUGGAAGUUCCAUCUCCCAUAAGGAUUCUAGCAGUGGUAAGAAUAGAUUUUCCUCCCCACCUGAAGUGUAGGCUGAGAGCCAGCAUUAGUCAUUAGACACAUUGAAAUUGAAGACAUUGUGGUCAUUGAUUCCAAUAGGUCUGCUAUGAGUUUGACUUUGAAUACCACCCGCAGUUUGCUGGGGGAUUGCAUGUGAUUGAGCAUUCCAUUCACCUGCAACCCAGUUUGUGCAGAGGUAUAUUUAGAUGCCAACUUCCCAGUAUUGCUAUCAUGUUAUUGACUGCCCACUCAACCCAAGAAGAAGCAAAUCCGAAAAAGGACAUAGAAUUCAAUUUCAUAUCAGGUUAAUAAAAUCUUGAUUGGACCUUGAAAAGGGGGGGGGAACAUCCACAUUGUAACAUUGUAAGUUAGCUCUAUUCAAAACUUCAGUUACAUCCUGAUAUUUAGCAGAUGCAUUUUAGAAAGGUUUUCUUUCGAUGCGGGUAAUGGUUCCCAAAUCUGAUUAAGCCUCAAUUUGUAAAUAAUUGUUUCCUGUUUCUUUAAACUGUUUUGCCUUUUAAACGAAACAUGCAACAGCUAGCUUCAGGGAAGUAGAAAGGGUUUGGACUUGCUUUGUUAUCUCUGUAGAGGAAGGUGGGGAAAAACCCCUUAUGGUUUCUGGAUAUAUUUUGAUUUCUUUUGCAGGUGCAGUGGUCCAGCUGCAAUAUUUUCUCCACCCAGGAUCAUGCUGCUGCAGCUAUUGCCAAAACCGGGGUUCCUGGUAAUAUGUUGCUUUGAUAACACUUUAACUCAUGUCUGUUUCUUUUGCUCGGUCCAGCCCAAUGACUAUCAAAGAACGUAGCGUAGAGGGGUGAAUUUGCCAGGCUAGCACCAGAGCAGAAGAAAUGCGCCCGAGAGUGAUUUCUCAUUCUGAAUGCAGUGCUGACAAGGCAAAAUUCUUUUGGUGUAUCAUCCUAGCAAAGAAAAACUGUUGGUGAGAAAUGGCUAAGCAGGCUGCUGCUUAUAGUUCAUCAAAAAGAAUGAAAACGUACAUCGGGGUAGGGAAUCUGCAGCCCAGGAACCAAAUGCAGCCCUUGGGGCCUCGCCAACUGGCCCUAAGACUCUCCCCACUGCUACACCCCUCACUGACCCAAUUCAACCCCCAAGUAUUUUGCCUGGCUGGAGUGUGUCUUGGACUCUGAUAAUGACUUAUUUGCCAGGAUGGAGGACAGAGGUGGUGUGUGUGUGUGUGUCUGUAGAAACUAGCCUACUGUACAAAGGUAAAAUUUACACUCAUUGCUUCCCCACUGUUGCCCUGCCUACCACUGGCAAGUGGUCCUUGGAAGGUUGCUCAGAAGGAAAUGCAUCCCUAGCGGUGAAAAAUGUUCCUCACUCUUGAUGUAGGUCAGGGGUCGGCAAAGUUUUUGUGGCUUGGACCGGUUCACGGUCCUGCAGACGCUGCGGUGGGCCGGAGUGUGUGCAUGCACUCAUACGCAAGCACUAUUUCCUGCGCUCCUUCCGGCGUGGAGAAGGUGUGCGCGGCUUCCCAUUGGCUGCAGGAGCUUCCUGCAGCCAAUGGGAAGCCAGCCAGCAUCGUGGAAGGCAGUCCCCGCUCUGCUCCAGGCCGGUUUAGCGCGGUGCACAGGAGCUGACUGAGCGGGCAGUGGGGGUCCAUGGUCCAGUUAAAUGACCCCCAUGGGCCUUAGGUUGCCGACCCCUGAUGUAGGUUAUAAGCUGGAGGAUAAAAGUAGCUCACUAAGUACAGAAAGCUUACCCUAAGGAGUAUGCUACUCUUGACGAUGCAGUGUUGUGGCUUUGAAGAUUGUACAUUCUGUUUAGGAGUCCUGGGUCCUGACUAUUUGCUUGAAUAUACUGUAUAGUGAGAACCCCCUGCUCCCUCUUUGAAUGAUCUCAUUGUAUGAAGUCUACUUAACUGUUGAUAUCUGUUACUGGAUAGGGGCUUAGGUAAAGUGGUCUGAUGUUUUCUAGUGCUGCAUGUUGGACAAUAAGAACACGUCAACAUAUUUAAGGAUAUCUUGGGAAUUUCAGCAGGUGCAUCUUUGCUUACUCUUGCAAGAGAGUGUCAGAUUUCACUUGUCCAAAUUGCCUCUUCUAUACAACCAAGAAAUGUACAAUCCUCCAUCCUAGAUGGAGACUUAUGAGAAAUGGAGAAAUUCCAGAUAUCUAGUUGCUCCCUAUUCAGUAGUAGGUGCAGCAGCUUUUAUUUUUUUUAAAAAAAGAAAAUUAUGAUCCUCCCCAAUUCUAAUUUGGUUGCUUAAGGCUACAAUCCUUAACACACUUUCUAGGAAAUAAAUCCUACUGAUCCCAAUGAAACCUUCAAGUAAACAUGGUUAGGAUUGUACUGCAAAUUAGUAAUGACUUAAGUCUCACAGGUUUAAAUUGGGAUAAAAUAUGUCUUUCUGGGAUCUAACCUGCUGAUUAUGCAUCCUAUGGGCUUCGUUAUAGGCCUCAAAAUGUGGAAACAUGUGCAUCACACCAAAACUAGCAAAUUCAUUGCAGCAUAAGUUGGUGAACCAGACUCUAGUCCAUAAGAAGUUGUAAGGCCACAAUACAAUUGUUUAGUUUUCAAGUUGCUGCAAGACUUUUGUUGUGUUUGCUGCAACAGGCUUAGGCAUGGCUGCUAGUCUGGAAGAUGUCAAGGCAUGUAUUUUGGAGGAUGAACACUCUGCCUGCAGAAGUGUGAGUCUUAAGAGUUGACGUGUGGAGUGAGGAAAGCCAAAGUCAACAAUGCUCAAUAGCUCUGUAUAUCAUUUUCAUGGAAAAGCUGAGAUCUUCUUUAGUUGAAGAUAACAUAGCCAAUCUGCCCCUACCUCCUUCACACCUUUCCUCCAAACCACACCUUUUCCCAUGAAGCCUUAAUCUUCAUACCUGCUGAUGCUACACCUAAGUAAGUGUUUAUGAAAUUUAAGUAUAUGUACUGCCCCUCUCUCUGGUGCCUCCACAAUGCCAAUUUAGAUUGCAAGCUACUCAGGGCAUGGACCUCUCUUUCUGUUGCUCUGUGACAGUAUGGCAUGAAGAGCACCAGCGUGUGAAUGUAUAAGAAACUGAUGGAUUCUGAUUAAGGUCUUUAAUGUGCAUGAUUAAGCGGUAAACUCUGCUUCCCUGUUCAGCUGUAAUUAUUUUGAUUUCCAGUUGUUUAUGCAGAGAUGAGUUUCUUGUUGCUUCAAGGGAAGAUUGCUGAUACAACUAUCAGGAUAGCACAUCUUUUCAUUUAGCUCUUGAAACUGCAUUCAGUUGAGUGUAGCUGACUUGACUAUUAACUUAAGUCUUUUAAUUACCUUUCUGUUUAAUUACCUCUGUGUUUUAAUUGCCUCUCUGUUUUGACUUGUGCCUAGUGUUUGCUUGGAAGGGAGAAACAGAUGAGGAAUACAUAUGGUGCAUUGAGCAGACCCUCUAUUUUAAGGAUGGGCAGCCCUUGAACAUGAUUCUUGACGAUGGUGGAGACCUCACCAACUUGGUCCACACAAAAUAUCCACAGCUCUUGAAAGGUAAUUCUAUGUGGUCUUGCAUAAACAUUUAAAAUAUGUAAAGUGCAAUGUAAGAAUGAAGGAAGCUGCUCUCCCGGUAUGCCCCACGGAGAGCCUCAGGGUCCAUAAAUAGCAACACCCUAGUGGUCCCGGGUCCUAAGGAAGUUAGAUUAGCUUCAACCAGAGCCAGGGCCUUUUCAACACUGGCUCCGGCCUGGUGGAAAGCUCUGCCUCACGAGACCAGGGCCCUGCAGGAUCUGAUUUCUUUCCGCAGGGCCUGUAAGACAGAGUUGUUCCACCUGGCCUUUGGCUUGGAGCCAAUUUGAUUCCCUCCCCCUCUUUCUUUUUUCUUUUUCCUUUUUCCUUUCUCCUCCUGUGAUGAGGCUGCAUUUUAAUAUUUUAAUGUUGUAUUUAAGUUGUAUUCAUUCAACUUGUUUUUAUUAUUGCUUGUUAGCUGCCUGAGCCCGGCCUUGGCUGGGGAGGGCGGGGUAUAAAUAAAAUUAUAUUGUCUAAACUGACUGGCAGUGACCCCAGGGUUUCAGACAGGGAACAUUGCCAACCCUAUCUGGAGGUGACACCUUCAGCAUGCAAAGCACUUACACUACCACUGAGCUGUUGUCCUUCCUCCUUGAAAGUCCCUAGAUAGUUCCCUUCCACUAUAUCAUGCACAUAAUGCAAUGUGAUUGAGGAAAGCUAUCCAAACGCACUGUGUGCACUGACCUAAUUAGCAAUUCUUUCCACUUGAAAUUGGUAGAAAAGGCUAUACAAAUCAUGCCAUCAUGCAUACGGGCCUCCAGGGAGGGAGUCCACAUGAUACUGCUUCAGGUGUAUGGUGGGGUGGAUGUGUUCAUGCUACAGCACCACUGAGUCACUAUCGAGGUAAGUAUCUGAACUAUCUUGGCAAGUAAAGAGAAGCCCUUCCUACACUUGCCUGCUUCUUGUAAGAUUUUGCAGACCAGUAACUUCUGGGUGCUUUGUAGCAUGGCUGGGUUAAUCUUAACUAUGGUUUGCUGAAGCAAGCCAACGCUAUGAACUGUACUUUGGAGCAGACUUGUUUCAACAAUUCAUAGUUAAGCCUACCCACAGUUUGUCUAGGUCUGGAUGCUUCAGCAAGCUGCAGUUAAUCUAAACAGAAAUUAAAGGUUCCAAAACUUCUCUUCUUCAAUGCUCCUGAGGCACACAAAGAGGUGUGAGUCCCUUCCAGUAGCAAUAAACAAUGUAAAAACAUUGUCUAUUAAGCCAUUACUUUAAUAGAUGAAUUACUAAAGAAAUGAAACUCGGACAAAAACAUGCUGGCUAAAUUGAGCUAGACUGGAUACUGUACUCAUCAUCUGCUAAGCAGAGAAUUCAGUGUUUCUGGGUACCCCCACUCACCCUCCUGCCAGUAUAACUUGCACAUGCUUUCUGCCUUCAUGCCUUAACCUACAGAAACCUGUAAGAAUAAAUGCUGAGAUUCUCAAAAUAUGAGGCAGCCUACCUACCCAGUUUCUGUGAUUGUACAGUGGUAUAGCAGAAGGAUUCACCCUUUAGGAUUUUAGUCUGGAGGAAACUGCCUUGUUAGAUCAAAAUCAAUGGAUCUUCUUAUCUGUAUAUUUUAGUUACAGUACUUUAAGUGCUGCUGCCGUGGACUUUUUGUGUUUGUGCUAAGGGGCAAAAGCUUUUGGAAACACCAGACAGACAACAUACAGCCAGGAAGUUGCUUGCGUCAAAUGGUUGUGUGCUGCGUUUUAGUACCUUUAUGAAAUCCACCCUCCUGUGUUAUUUUCCUUGAAAGAAGAGGCAUGUGCUAACUUUGCAUAUAUAAAGCUAUGUAAGGAACAAGGUGUUAGGUUGUGGGUGAACAUAUCAGACGACACAGCGAUUCUUCAAACAGCUCUUGUUUAUUCACAGGCCAGAAUUGAACUGAACUGAAGGGUUCAGCCAGCCUGCUUAUAUAGAGCUCCAGUACAACGUAACUGUAACAAUUUUCUAAAACUAUCCAAUCACUGAACGUCACUUUCGAUCCCUUAUUUGCAUAACUAUCUACAGUAUCCCCCUGCUGGCCCAGGGUGAGAACUUCAGUACAUAACACAAGGCAUGGUUAAGAUUAAACCAGCAUUAUUACCAAGCCCCAAGAAGUUACUAGCCUGCAAAAUCUUAUGAGGAAGAUGAACAAGCAUGAUAGUAAAAAAGAAGAAGAGGUUGCAGGCUAGAAUUGCAACUAUGCCUUUUGCACUUUCCUCUUCUCCUGCCACCCUGCCUGCCUUCCCUCUUCUUCCCACUCAACACCAAGCCAUAGAGCAGAAGUGGGCGCCUCCCCCCCCACUUUUAAACAUUUUCCUGCAAACAGUGCCACCUGAGCAAGCCCCACCCUCUGCCCAGACUGUUUUGGGGCCUGUGCAGAGUUUGCAUGCAAUGGAGAAGAGAGCAGAAUUGUCCCUAGUGGAUUUUUAAGCCCUGUUGGCAGGAUGUAAGUUUCAACAAAAGAGAAAUUCACAUAUAGCUAGGCGGAUUUUUUAAAAAGGUGAAAAACGAGUAGCCGUGAGCCCUACUGAAAAGUGAUUUUUGCAAAAGGCCCACUAGAGGGGGGCAUUGCACUUUACACUGCGUUGGGAGCUGAAUUCCCCCACCCACUUUGAUGGUAACAAAGUAAAAACAUGCUGGAAAAUAUUUUAAAGUAAUAUCUGUUUCAACAGAGCAGGGACCAUAUGACUGUUGGCUAAAGGGCAAAAUUCUCCCCAUCACAUGUCAUGGAAUGAUUAGGGUCCAUCCAUAGAUUUGUCUCUCCAUGUAAUCUGCUACUGAUUGGCUGCAUGUGACCAUACUGUGCUCCUCUCUCCAUCUCAUGAUCUGCUGCCAAUUCCCAUUAUUUAAUAAGACACCAGUGUUUUCUACAUUUAUAUUAUUAGAUUCAUAUGCUCCCGCCCUUCAGCGUUAAAAGUUCUGAAAGCAGCCUCUCAAACAUCUUGAAGGAUGCUGAUUCAUUCCAAUCCAGUUUCAGGCCUGGGCUUGGCAUGGAAAGAACCUUAGUCCCACCCUGGCGGAUGGCUUAAGCCAUGGAAUGGAUUUGGUGUGUGACCCUGUUAGUUUGCCUGGAUCUCAAAGUGACUUCCCGUGUCAGUGAAUAUAGUAUUUCUCUAGGUUUCCUGGUAGGAUUGGCUAAGAAGCAGCGUUUCCAAAGAAAGAGGAGAGGGAAUUUUAGACACACAGGGAGACACAUUUAAAUUUCCCUUGGUUAAUUGUUAUUAAUUUAAGGCUGUUUUAUACCGCUUAAUACUUGCACUCGUGUAUGUGUGUACACUGAGAUAAAGAUAACAUAUACCAUAUACUCUAUCUUUUGUAUUUGCGGGUGUUGAUGAUGAGACCAGGAAGCAUUAGGAUGCUUCUGGCAUGUCCCCGUAACUCCUCCUCUCUGGCCAUUCUGACAUUUGUUGGGUCAUUGGAGAGAAGUGAAUGACAUUGAGGAAGUCCCUGCAAUUGCACAAAAGGGAAGGAAUUCAACAUUGUGCUCUUCCAGUGUUCCAUCAGCAGAAGCAUUUCAUCUUGUCAGAAGGAAUUAUCCUCCUCUUCACUCUGUGUACUGUUCUAGGGUUUCUCUUGACCUCCCCAAGCCAAUUUUGGGGAGCCUGAUUGGGGUGGGGGUGUGAAUCCCUGUUGCUAAAGCAGAAAUCAUUGCACAGGGCUUCUGUUGAUGGGACUCAUUAGGUGAAUCCCACCCUAAGUCUUUUUGUUCAUUUCUUUUGAUCUCACUCCUCACUCCACCCCCAGCAGUCUCAGACAAUUGGGCUGCUCAUGAUGCUAAUGGAAGGUGCUUUGUUAGUUUAGUCUCUUAAAAACCUUAAGCUCGUUUUCCAUCCUUCUCUGUCUAUUGAAGAUUAUAUCUGUUCUUUUAAGGGCCCUUUCAGAUGCCAAUCUUCAUCCAGCCACUAGAUGGUAUUUAUGGUCUCUCCCAUUUCGAAGGAUCCAAGUGUUUGUGUCUUACAUUAAUCCUGCCAAUAUAGGUGAAGAUACUCUCUGACCUCUGAAGGACUACCUGGUUUUUCUCAAACAUCGUGAUCCUUGAUGGCGAGCAUUGCUUGCAGAUGGAAAUAAUCUAUUAAAUGCAACUCAUCCACUAAAAUGCCAACAGGACUGCACUUCCGUGGGCGUUUUCUUUGCCUAGACCAACCAGCCUCUUCCUUUCCACUUCUCUGAGGCCCUCUCCUCUGUUUGGUUUAAUCCAUGGGUUGCUAGUGCAGUACCUGUGGGCUUAUCCAUUCAGUAGAAAACAUUCUUGUUAAAUGAGUUUCAUAAAUUUUCUGUCACUGACCCCCCCAAAUCUCUUGGAGACACUUGUGGAAUUGGCAGUAAUUCCUGUUUUUUCAUUUGCACAUGAAGCUGCGCAUUAACCUUUGUAGUAGUCAUUUUGUUAUUUUUAGUAAGCGCCAUGUUGUAAAUCUUUGUUUUUGUUAAUGAGCUGCACAAAUUUUAAGGUUACAGGCGAUUUCAGACUUGGCAUCUCCCCUGCAAGAAACAGGGGGAGGCCUGGGCCAUCUCAGUUAUGCAUGCGUGCAUCCCGGCCCUUCACCUCCUUCUGCAACUGUAAUUGGAUAACUACCAGCUGCCUUUUCCAGAAACAAAUACUUAAGCAUGACUGUGUUGUAAACAAGUUAAAGAGCCAUUAGGGGAGGGUAGCAUUUUUAUGCAAUACUAUCCACUGGCCACUUUCUGUUCUGCUAGGCUGCAUUCAUGUGACUUUUCCCUAACUGUUAAGUUCCCGUAUUAUAUUUGAGCUUUCAUGCCAUGUAAAAGUCAGUUCUGGAACUAUAGUACAGGUUUAGUGCUUACUUCCAUUUUACUUGCUUCCAGAAGACAUCCAUUUGCAAAUAAUAUGGAAAUGGGUGCUAAACUUGUACUAUAUUCCACUAUAGUUCCAGAAGUGGCUGUUACAUUGCAAGAAAGCUCAAAUAUAAUACAGGAACCUAGCAGUCAGGAAAAUGUUGUGGAAGUAGAAUAAAUGGCCAUUUGAAUGCAGCCUUAUUAAUCUGCUGUAUUGCAUCAUAGGAUUCUUUUCAGAAAAGCAGUUCACUGAACAUCGCCUCUCCUGUUCUGCUGGCCUUGUGUCACAAGUCCUAGUUUCAUCCUGAUUUGUUCCUUUCCCCUCUGUUUUGGUCCUUCUACCUUGUGAAGUAGGGAGGGAUGUCAAGCUACAUAAUGAGACUCAUACUGCAAGCAUGGAAAACCUAGUGGUCCUUCAGAUGCUGUUGGAUGAUGGCUUCCAUCAGCCCCGGUCAGCAUGGCCAGUUGUAGUCCAGCCACAUGGAGGUCCACAGGUCCCCCCAACCAAAGUCCAGGACUACCAUGUCAACUGACAGUGGGUCUCUAAGGUCUCAUGCAGAGGUCUUUCCCAGCCAUGCCACCUAAGGUCAUAUUGAACUGGAAAUGCUAGAGGAAUGAAUUGCCCCAGUGAGGCUGCCCUUUCAGCUGUGUUGUGAAAGCCUGUUGUCAAAAUAUUAUUGUAUACGAGUUAGGAUACUGUGGUUCAUGUUCUUAGCAUUCAGAUACAAACCUAGAAUACUUUAGACUCAACCUUGUAUGAAGAAGGUUCCUACUACUAGAGAUGUCCUCCUAAGAGGACUACUAAAGAUGGCUGCUUAGCAUUGGUUGAAAUUUGGAGAUCUCUGCUUGCAGCAGAUUGUAAACACAGUUGGAUUCUUUCUUGCAGGAAUCAAAGGAAUAUCUGAGGAAACCACCACUGGAGUCCAUAAUCUCUAUAAAAUGCAUGCCAAAGGGACCCUGAAGGUGCCAGCUAUCAAUGUUAAUGACUCUGUCACCAAGGUAAGGUCACUAAACUCUUCUGUGUUGUCUCUCCUUCCAUAGCUGAUGACUAUGGAUUUGUUCUUCCUUGUGUCUCAUUUUUCCUCUUGAGCCUUCACCUGCCAUCUGAAAUGAUAAGAGUUCAGUAAUGAUUUUACUCUGAUGAGCUGCUUGUCCACAGAACAACUCAUCAUAAUUACUGAUUUGUGAUGGUGCUGGUCUUUUGCUUUGGGAAGCAGUGGUGGCAAAGCCUUCUGAGGUGUGUGUGCUUCAGAGACGGCAUCUGAGCAGUAAGCUAGUAAGUCAUUCCCCACAGCAAGUCUUUUUGGGGAAAGAUGCAUAGAUUUCCUUUGAAGCUAUAAGCUUUUGCAUUCAAGCUAAAUUGUAGCAGGGGGCACCCUUCUUAACAUCCGUCAACACUUGCAGCAACUUUCCUCUCUAGGUUCCUGCAGCAUUUGUGUCUAAAAUAUAGUUUGGAUGCAAAAUAUCAAAGGCUUCUGUAAAGAAACUGCCUUUCUUUUGCCACCCCUGAAAGUUGACACUUUGCCAAGGAAGACUUCAGUGGCAGAACUAUGGAUAGUAGAAGUUGGGUUUAAACAUGCUGAUUUAUGGAAACUGAUGAAACCUGGAUGCAUUUAGCCUACCUCUAGCAUUCUGAUGUGCUUGCUUCAUGCUGCGAUCAUCUUUGGAAAUUGCUUCAGUUUCUCAAAUUCUGCUUUCCUCCCUAGAGUAAAUUUGACAACCUCUAUGGCUGCCGGGAAUCCCUCAUCGAUGGCAUUAAGCGUGCCACAGAUGUCAUGAUUGCAGGGAAAGUGGCUGUUGUGGCAGGCUAUGGUGAUGUUGGCAAAGGUUGUGCACAAGCCCUGAGAAACUUUGGUGCCAGGGUCAUCAUCACAGAAAUUGAUCCAAUCAAUGCACUGCAGGCAGCCAUGGAAGGUGAGAAUUGAAGGACUGUUUGCUCAAGUGAGUCAUUGUUCUUGGUGAAUCCAGCUAAGACAUAUGUGGCAUAGGCCCAUUAGAAUGAAUGGGAGUCCCAAAUCUGGGGUCCAUGCUUUAGGGUAUGUUGUUUUAACCCUACGUAUGCCACCCUAAGUGCUAUGGGAAAAGGGUCGGGAUGAUACAGCUGUGAUAGAUACAGUGGUACCUCUAGAUGCGAACGGGAUUUGUUCCGGAGCCCCGUUUGCAUCUAGAAGCAAACAUAACCCAUAUCUGCGCGUGCGCGGGUCACGUUUCAGCGCUUCUGCGCAUGCGUGUGACAUCAUUUUGACCGUCUGUGGAUGUGCAAGCGGCAAAACCCGGAAGUAACGCACUCCGUUACUUCCAGGUUGCUGCAGAGCGCAACUCGAAUGUGCUCAUCUCGAAGCACAUUCAACCCGAGGUAUGACUGUACUUAAGAGCUGGCAAAACAGGAGACAUAUACUUUGUUUAUGGAUGCGGGUGGCACUGUGGUCUAAACCACUGAGCCUCUUGGGCUUGCCAAUCAGAAGGUCGGCGGUUCGAAUCCCCGCAAUGGGAUGAGCUCCUGUUGCUCGGUCCCAGCUCCUGCCCACCUAGCAGUUCAAAAGCACGUCAAAGUGCAAGUAGAUAAAUAGGGACCGCUCCAGCAGGAAGGUAAACGGUGUUUGCGUGCACUGCUCUGGUUUCGGUGUUCCGCUGCACCAGAAGCAGCUUAAUCAUGCUGGCCACAUGACCCAGAAAAACUGUCUGCAGACAAACGCCAGCUCCCUCAGCCUGUAAAGUGAGAUCAGGAGUCCUUUACCUUUUUACACCUUGUUUAAGGCAACCAUCCCCCAUGGUCUAAUAGUGAAAGAGAACAGAUACAUUCUGGAUCAGAAAAGGCAAGAUGGAAGGUGGGUCACCUGUUGAUCUACAGGGCCUUUUUGUACAUUACACAGGGGAAGCCAGAAUCUCUUUCCCUCUUUCAGUCUUAUAAUACGCAUGUUUGCUGCAUUCAUUUUUUCACGUUUGUAGGUGUAUGUGUAAAACUCUAACGCGUAAGGUGUGAAGAGGCCCACAGUUACAGUUCAAUGUAUCCUUUCCCUUCUCCUUAUUUCCAGGUUAUGAAGUUACAACAAUGGAAGAAGCUUGCAAAGAGGGCAACAUAUUUGUUACCACCACUGGAUGCUCAGAAAUUGUGCAUGGGAGGUACUGUAUACUUUUUAGCUAGUGACUGCUAUCCCUGUGUGUGUUGGGAAACAGGGAUUGUGGAAGAUGGUAUUGCAGAUAUUACUAUUCCACAGCUUGGAAAAAUAGGAUGAAUAAAAACUGACUCCUCAGAAUAAAUAUUGUCCAAACCAUAAAUAUUGUUCCAAACUUUUGCUAACAGAACUUUCUUCAAACAGACACAAAACAAAUAAGUGAUACAUUCAAAUGGUUGCAUAAAAUCAUGUGCUUGUCAAAGCACAGGUUCAGCUUCUUAUAAAUAUAAAAUACUAUUUAUAAUUGGAGCUGACAAACAGAGCUCUGUCUCUCCUACAGACUCCAUCAGCCUGCAUUGUAGCCUGAGGCUGUUUUCUUUCCAGGAGAGACAUAAGCAUGUCUUUCCUUUAUAGGCGCUGAGGAACAAAGGACUCCCUCAAAAUGCCGAUUUGCAACUCAAUACCUUACUCAUGUGAUCUAAGGUUAAGCACCACAUGGUCCUCAAGCAGCUCUCUAGGUAUAUCAGUGGAAAUCCCCCAAUGUUCCCUUUAGCAAUACACAUACAGAGUCAUUUUCUAUUCAAUGCACAAUUAAGCAACACAUGGUUCAUUGAAGCAGCUUUUGUGAUGGUCUUGCUAUUAUCUUGCUCCCAAUGUCAUCUUCUGCGCAUGGAACACAAUUAAAAUGGCGUACCCCUCUAGAAUUUGUGUUCUGCAGAUAUAGGACUAUUAACUUCUAUCAGCCCUAUCAGCAUGGCAAAGGAUGAUGGGAGUUGUAGUCUAAGAGCUCCGGGGGGGGCAGAAUACUGACUGUUCCUGCAAUGCAUCAGAGCCCGUUCAGCUGUUAAAACAAUUUAAUCUGGCCAGGCCCCAGUUCUUCUGGAUAUCUCUGGAGUAUUUUGGUUCAUAGAAGAUAUAACAGCAUGUGGAGUUUAAAUCUGCAUUCCAUCCUUUCUAUUCUUGAUUCUGCGACAGGGACAGAGAAUCUGUGAUACUCCAGAGGUUGUUGAGAUUCAAAUUCCCAUCAUCCCCAGCCAGCGUGGCCAAUAGCAAGGGAUAAUGGAAGUCAGAUUCAAACAACAUCUUGAGGGCUGCAGUUUCCCCAUCCCUGUUCUAUAAUAAGCCUGUAACCAAAUCUGCUGAACCCUACUAACUGAUUGGUAGCUGAUUAUGAAUCAGAACAGAGCUGAGAAUUUUACUGCUUUCACAGGCUGCAAGGAGGUAAUUGGGUCAGGCCGUGACAACCAAGGUAGAUGGGCUUUACAGUAGAUUGUAGCAAGAUUAGCAAAGGUGCAUUAGAAUGUGAUGGUGGAGUUAGACCAUCUUCCCAGUUCCAUUUUUAAUAUGCUGGAUUUUGGAUGCUUUCUGUUGGGAGUGACAGGAAAGCACAAAAGUGCCUCCUAGUGUGACGUGGGCAGCUGAAAAAAUAAGUGAAAUUCUUGGGACUUGUAUUGGUCUGUAUACUGCAUGGACCAGUCCUUGGGCCGAGGGAAUGCAUAAGACAUCCGCUUUUGCCAGCCUGGUGCCUUCUAGACCACAACUCCAUCAAGCAAAGUCAGGUUGCUGAAGGCUACCUUACAUCCUUGUCAUUUUCAGCAGAUCUUUUUAGCUAUGUAGCAUCUGGUGGUCAAAGGACUUAGUUACUGGGAUGAGACCCUUCCCAACUGUGAUCUGUGGCCAUCUUCAAGCAGUGUUCAGUUCCUUGGGUGCAGGACACAAUUAAUUACCUUCUCCACAAAGAGCUGUUUUUCUCCCCCUUCCAGGCAUUUUGAGCACAUGAAAGAUGAUGCCAUCAUAUGCAACAUUGGACACUUCGAUGUGGAAAUUGAUGUGAAGUGGCUAAAUGAGAACAGCGUGAAAACUGUGAACAUUAAACCCCAGGUGAGUGAGAGCUAACUUAGAACACAAAAGAUCCCAUCUACAUGGAACUCAUUCUUGGGAGGAUAAAGUGCCAUGGGGAGAGUGUGGUGGCUACUCCAGAAUUGGAGAAGGGGACCGCAUCUUUUGACAGCUUGUUUCUGGUGAACACUGCUGAGGUGUGCCCUGUGCAUCCCUCCUCUUUGGGACAUGUGGUGAGCAAGGGAUGAGGGGGGUGCAGACCAAAGACAAGAAAGUACCUUAUUUUCACAAGGGCUGGGCCUGUACAGAGACUUUUAGCAGAAUGCGCAGUUGGGUUGCAGUGCCAAGGCACAUAUUGUGGGUUUGGGCAGAUCACCGGAGAGCUUUACACAGGUAUGGUUCUUAAACAAGCUGAACUCUCUGUUGGCUAUUUGCAGAUUAGUUGUGCUGCAGAAGGCAUGCUGGGGAGACCACACAUUACAAGGAACGCAAAAAUAACUUUUGCUAGGUUUUAAUAACAAAAACAAAAACUCCUUUUACACUAAAUAUAUCAAUAGGCAUAACCCAUCCCCCGGGGUACUGAGAGAGCUAGGUGCUGCUCUUUAUAUACUGUACCCAACAGCUUAAGUAACAUAACUUAACAGCACCUGCUAUACUGCUUCACAGCUGUAAAACUAGGUCACGUUAUUGCUCUGGCCCUUAAAGAAAUACACAUCUUGUGGAACAAUAAUGAACCUUCAAAUUUAAAGAAACCAUUCAAUUCUCUCUUCUACCCCCUUAUCACCACAGGGGAGAUAGGCAGCAUUACACAGUUGCUGAUCUAAAUCGUUAAAAGUUACAGGCUGGGUUGAGGACCUCAGGCUCCAGGUGCUGAAUGCAGCCCACAAGGCUUCUCUGUCUUGCCCUCUGGUUUCUCCCCAGAUCAUCCCCCCCCCCCCCAGUCUGCUUUGUACCCUCCUUGGGUGUUUUUGCUGGGCUGGAAUAUGUCUUUGAACUCUGAUCAUGCCUGUUGCUUGCCUGAAUAGAGUUAGGUUUGUGUAUAGAAGCUACCUUACUCUACAAAGGUAAAAUUUAAAAUUCACGGCUGGGCCUAUUUUGUCUCUAGACCUGCCUGCCACAGACAUGUGGCCCAUAAAUGGAUGAUCAGAAGGGAAUGUGACUCUGUCCCUGUUGUGGACCAAUUCUGGGAGCCAGAAGGCAUUAGUUAUAGGAGGGAAUGUAAAAAGCAGCAAUUAUAGCUUUGGAACUAUGGAAAUUUAUUUCUUUUCACUGACAAAAAACUGUGAAUAACAUUUUAGAACCUUGCGAGUUCAUGCAGACACUUUUUGAGACAGAAGGGAGAGAUGUCUAACAUAUUUUGUUACACACAUAAAGUAUAAUGAGGUUAUCCCUGUUUCUGGUCAAACACUAGAAACUCAUGGUGUACUUUUAAAUUAAUUUAUAUACUGCUUAAUGUCAAAGUAGACUUCUGAGCAGCUUAGAAGUAUAAAACCAAUUACACGAAGUUCCAUAAUUAAAAUCUACAAUUAGAUUGGAAGAUUAAAAUAUAAACAUUGAAAAAUAAAAUCAUGUUAUAGAAGAAACCCAUUAAAUGCGCACGCGCGCGCACACACACACAAAUUAAAACAGGAGACUCGGGUCCCCGGCAGGUACCUUUCUCAGACACUUCUCUGAAACCAGACCUGGAGGCUGGAAUGGCUCAAUUGCCCAUCCUGAAUGCAUAACAGGAUGAAAGGUGAAGUUUUGUUCCUCUUGCACUCUUCAGGCUGAUGUUGUUAAUCUGCACACCUUCAGUAAAAUGACCUCAGCCUUUUAGGAUUAGACAUGGUCCCAUUUUAACUGCUUUGGCAGGCCUGGCUUGUAUUAAAUGUAUAUUAGAAACCAGCCUGGCAAAACUCUCACUUUGUGCCGCAACUGCUCUGGGUUGUGUCAUGAUUUUCUACCACAGAUCUGCAGUCAUGGUUAGUGUAUCCUGUCAAUGGCAAGUCCACAUUUCCCUCUUGCCCCUUUCCUCGUGUGUUCAGCUACUGGUUUCCAUUUACUCAAAGGUGGCUGGAGGCCUGGAGCUUUUCAGAAACACAUUGUCAUCCUCUCUUUUUCUUUUCUGAAGGGAAUAUAUGGAACAUUUUUCCAAGGCAACGUGCUAACUAGUUCUGAAAUAUUCCAGGUGCUGAGAAUAUGAUACAUCUUUUAGUGUGGCAACAUCAGAAAACACUCCUUCCACAUCAUGCCAUCUAACAUAAAAAACAACCCCCCCUUUCUUAAAAGCCACAGUAUGCAACCUAAGCAAGAAUACUUGUUGUCAGAAGAGUAAUUGGAUCUGAGCGUGAGGCAUAUGGGAUUGGAACCAUCAUAAUGGAAUUCCUAAGGAAAGACCUUAUUCUGUUAGAACCAGGCUUUUGAGUGAUCUCCUUCAAAGAUAACCUCUGCAAACUGUUUUCAACUCCCUUUUCAUGCGUGCACAUACACAUUUUACUGAAGCAUAGGCUGCUAGUCAUCAAGAACAUUUAUACUGAGGUUUUUUUGACAUUGAAUCCAACACAUCCAUAUGUGUGUUGCUGACGGGACAUUACAGAUGGAGUCUAGACAGGUGGUUCUCUUUAUUGUAUCAGCUAACCCUUAAGAGCCAGGUAAGCACGCUCUCCUAGGAUGUGUGCAUACCUUGUGUGUGUAUGCAUAUAUUAUUAUUAUUUAUUAUAUUAUAUAUAUAAAUAUAUAUAAUAUAAAUAUAUUUUUAUAUUUAUAUUUUAUAUAUAAUAUAAUAUAUUUAUAUAUUAUAUAAAUAUAAUAUAAAAUAUAUAUAAAAUAUAUAUAUAUAUUAUAUAUAAAUAAAUAUAAAUAUAUAAAUAUAUAUUUAUAUAUAUAAUAUAUAUAAAAAUAAUAUAUAUAUAUAUAUAAAAAUAUAUAAAUAUAUAAAUAUUAUAUAUUUAUUUCAUAUAUUUAUUAUAUUAGCACCCUCAAACCUCAUGUUGCUUGGGAAUUCUAAGGGCGGCAUCCAGUGAGGUACUUCUGCUAGUGCUAUGGUUUCUGCUUUUGCAACUGAACUCCUGUCCCCUUCCCCAUUUCUGCCCUGGAAGGUUGGGGUAACUUGCAGAACACAUUUAGCGGGGCAUGCUAGGAGAGGAAGGGGAAGUUAGCAUAUUACAUCAAUCCUGCACUGGCUGCCAAUUAGUUUCUAGGCUCAUUUCAAACUGCUGGUUUUGACCUAUAAUACCUCAAGGACCACAUCUCCCUAUAUGAACCUACCUAGACCCUGCAAUCAUCCUCUGAGGCCCUAAAUGAGGGGUCUGGAGGGUGGCAACCCAAGAAUGGCCUUUUUCCGUGCUGACUCCCUGUUUGUGGAAUGCUCUCCCCAGGGAGGCACAACCCAGCGUAAAUUACAUACAAAUACAUAAAACAAAGGUACAAUGAGCAAUUUUCUUUUACAAUGAAAUAAGCAUAGUUUUGUACCAUUUAUGAUAGAUCUUUAUUUAAUAGGGUAAACUGUAAAUCAAGAAACACAAUAUAACCUGUCAUCUGUUCAGUUUUGAUCAAAAAACAUUCCCCCCAGAACUCUUGUAUAUAUUUAUAUGACCACAUCAUGUGAAAAUAAUUUCCUUGUUCUUCACAUUUACUAUUUCUCCUUUUUUUGGUAUAUUUUUAAUUAGUUCCAGCAUGGUAUACCAUCUGCUCAUAAUUUUAAAAGAAAUGUCUCUAGUAGACACACUUACAUAGAUGCACUGUGGUUCCAAAUAUCUCCUUAGCCCUCUGCUAUCACCUCUUUAUCCAGUCUUCCUCCCAAUUCUGCAUAUUCUCCAUUUUAGCAUUCAGCAAACAUGGAACCUUGAUGUAUCAGUUUUUGCCCCAUUUCUAAUGAAUCAUCAGCUGAUAAUUCUUCCCUUUUCUCCAGCUUACAAACUUCACCUGAACCCAAUAUGCUUAAAAUACCAAACUGUUCUCCCUCUCCACCCAACCUUUGGACCAGCCUUCUCCAGUCUUGCACAACUAAAGGGCUCUGUCACCCAAAGAAAUACACUUUAAAAAAAGAAUUGGAUGCUUUGUGGUUUGGAACAUGAUGGGGAAAUGCCCUGAAAGUGUGGACUGGGUGAAUGAGUAAUGGGAAGACACAUAAACACCCCUCAAGCAAAUCUGGAUGGAUGCUUAUUGUCAAAUAAUGACCCUGCAAACAAAUAGGAAUGAAUAAAGAGGAUCAAUAAAGACCUGAUAUAAAUCUAACCUCUGUGUUAGCAAAUUGAGAUGAAUGUUCAAUUAAGCAGGUCAUCUGGAGGGUCCCUAAACUUGUAUUUUCUAGUACAUUCGACGCAUAAAUGGGAAUCCUCAUUUGCCUUCUCUAGUGCUGCCGUACUGCUUCUUAAGUCCAAUAUCCGGUCCAGAGUGUCUGGUGCAAGCUCUUAAAAAGAUGAAUACCUCAUGAUCGUCAUGAGUGCUGUGUGUUCCUUUCCAAUGAGAGAAUCAGCUUUCUUUCACUUUCUAGGGCAGGAGCUUAAGUAUUGUUUCUCUCUGUUGUGCCUAUGCCUCUGGAGGUUUGAAUAGGGCUCUGUGGGUUUCCUCAAUCACCCAUUCAUCAUAGCCUAGUUCUAGUCAGGAUUGAAUUAAUCUGUUAAUUUGCAAAAGGCAAACUGGUUUCAUUGAGGAUAGUUUGCAGACUGGAUAUUCAGUGCCCAGAUAGCUGUGGCUGUUUUGCUUCCUUCGGUUGUGUCAGCUCCUAGACCUUUUUUCUCACUCCAUCUCUUUCCUGCAGUUUUGGUUUUCUUGUUUCACUGGAAAAUGGCAGCUGCUGACAUUGAGGCUGUUGCCUCAUAACACCAUGACUUGAGAUGUCUGUUGUCCACAGGAUCAACAGACAUCCACAGGAUGAAUACCUUCUAAAGCACUCAAUUGCGGCACAAAAUACUGUUGUACUUCAUUGGCCACAUAUUAUUAUUUUUUCACUGGAUCUGUGAAAAGACCCAUGUAGCCCCACACAUGGGUGUGGGGAGUAGUGCCUUCCUUUUUAGUACACAACCUGCUGUGAAAAAGCUUCUGCUUUGUCAUGCAGGGCAAUCCUUAUGCAUGCUAAAUUCCACGGUGUUCAGUAGUGCACAAAUCAAGAAAGCACAUAUACAGUGGUACCUCGGGUUACAUACGCUUCAGGUUACAUACGCUUCAGGUUACAGACUCCGCUAACCCAGAAACAGUACCUUGGGUUAAGAAGUUUGCUUCAGGAUGAGAACAGAAAUCGUGCAGCGGCGGCGCAACGGCAGCAGGAGGUCCCAUUAGCUAAAGUGGUGCUUCAGGUUAAGAACAGUUUCAUAUUAAGAAUGGACCUCUGGAACGAAUUAAGUACUUAACCUGAGGUACCGCUGUAAAGAUUAUGGCCUUGAUUCCUUUAAUCCGGAGUUUGUUGUUCUCAGCCAAGAAAGGUUUGGCAGACUGGUGCAUUCUGAAAAGCCAUUUGUCUAGGAACUGUACUGCCACUUAAUAAGGGACAUGGUUCUUAGCAUUUGUUGGGUUACAUUUUAAUAUACUGAUUGUGUAGAUAAUACAGUGAAGAAGACUGGAGAAGGGCUGUAGCUUGGGGUCAACCAUCGACUCUGCAUUCAGGAGGUUCCGGGUUCAAUCCCUGACAUUUCCAGAUAGGGUUGGGGAUGCCUGCUGUCUGAAAGCCCAGAGAACCAUUGCCAGUCUGUAGAGCCUACAGUGUCUGGCAGUGGCUCUUCAGGGUUUCAGGCAACUAGAUGGUGGCUUCCAGUGUUCUUUCAUAUCAGGAUCAGUUAAUCAUUUUCUGCCUGUUCUGCAGUGGUUGAUGAACUAAGGAUUAAAGCUUUUGAUCCCAAGGUUUUUACCGCCCCGCCCCCAGAUGUUAUCCUCUUCCUCCUCAUGUGCAUCAGUGAGAGCCAAUGUGGUGUAGUGGUUAAGAGCGGUAGACUCAUAAUCUGGUGAACCGGGUUUGGGUCUCCGCUCCACCACAUGCAGCUGCUGGGUGACCUUGAGCUAGUCACACCUCUUUGAAGUCUCUCAGCCCCACUCACCUCACAGAGUGUUUGUUGUGGGGGAGGAAGGGAAAGGAGAAUGUUAGCCGCUUUUGGACUCCUUCGGGUAGUGAUAAAGCGGGAUAUCAAAUCCAAACUCUUCUUCUUCAUCAUCAUUCCCCAUACCUGGCAGCCUAGCAGAGCUUUGUAGUAAUGCCUCUGUGUCUUUCCCUGACUCACUCCUUAGCUCUCACUGGGUCUUUUUUUUCUAUUCAGGUGGACCGCUACACGCUAAAAAAUGGCCGCCACAUCAUACUUCUAGCAGAAGGCCGGCUGGUGAACUUGGGGUGUGCCAUGGGGCACCCCAGCUUUGUUAUGAGCAACUCCUUCACCAACCAGGUUCUGGCACAGAUAGAGCUCUGGACACAUCCUGACAAGUACGCAGUAGGAGUCCAUAUUCUCCCAAAGAAGGUGAGUGUUCAGACUUAGGUCCAGUGUUUCUUUGGAUGAAAUUGGUAUAAAAGUAGUUUUUGUUGGGGGAGAGGAGGAGAUAAGCUGACUUGAGACUCUGGAAAGCUGCUGCCAGUCAGAGUAGACUGAUGAAAGGUCUGCGCUGACUGAAGGCAGCUUCCUAUGCCCCUUGAUUUGAAUGUCAGUGAGUUUAUGGCUGUGAUAUGGUUUGAACUAGGGAUUCCCCAGCCCUCAGGUCCUUGCAACAACUGCUCUUAAUUGUGCAAUGUAAUGAUUGCCAUCAAUGCUUCCUCCAGCUGUUGUUGGACCUUGGCUCCCAUCAUUCUGGACCAUUGACCAUAAUAGCAUGGAAUGAUGGGAGCGCCAUAUUGGCUACCCCUAGUCUAGAAAAGCCUCAUACUUUGUACAGUAUCAAUGAGCUAACCUGUGCGCUAGAUCGUAUUUGAAUAUGUUUUCAACUUCUGCAAAGAAUACUUCUUUAUACAGAUUAAUCUUGCGUGUCACGGGUCAAGAACCAUUGCUCAAGGGUCUUGUGAGUUUUAUUUUCUGCUUUGGUGUUGCCUUGCAUUCCUGGAAAACAUCAAUUUGUCCCCAAACCCUUACUUUUCAAAGGGGUUGGUGCACAGAAGUGUUUCAUAUGUAAUCAAAGGAGAAAUGGGAGUUUGUCCUCAUUCUUUGUUGUUCCUUCUGGAGCCCAGUUGUAGCUUGUUCUUUUGUAUAGGCAUGAUGGAUAAAGGGGAAUAUACAACUGCUUGAACAUCUGAGCAAAGGCAGUCACAAUCUGUUCCUAAUUGUCCAAGUGUCCAUCCUGUCUUUGUCCUUUUUGCCAUUUUAUUUCCCUGGGUUUAUCCUUAAUUAUGAGUGAAUUAUUAAUUAUCAGUGAAUUUCUUUGUUCUGAAAGAGGAUGCGGGUUUGAGAGAUGUAAUAAAUUACUAAAAACAAAAAGAGUCGUCUGGCCUCAAUUUUCUAAAACAAGCCUGUGAUUUUGACAAGAUGGUCGUUGUUUGGUGCUUGGCCUAGGCUUAGUCGUCUUUGAAAUUCAGCCAGAAGUGAUUAGAAAAGAUUUUCCCUUUGGUAAAUAACAUAAACCUGUGCACAACCAGCUGACGCACAUACUUGCUGGAAGAGCUUUUCCGUUUAGACUAGUCCCCUAGGAAAUAUGAGUCCCAAAUAAAUUUUGCUGUUGAGGACGCUUCCCCGAUGAACCUGGAGUCACUAUGUGCCAGCAUUACAACAAUCUUGGGAUGCUGAAGAAAAUUUUGGCAAUUGCACAGUGUGCACAGCCUUGGCUCAUUGCCUGUCCUUGCCAGGGGAUGGGGCCAUAUGCCUCAUUGGGUGUGUGGGUGUUUGUAUGCUGCUGCCAGUCAAUGUAAGCAAUAUGGAGCUAAAUGGACCUAUAAGGUAAAGGUAAAGGGACCCCUGACCAUUAGGUCCAGUCGUGACCGACUCUGGGAUUGCGGCACUCAUCUCGCUUUACUGGCCAAGGGAGCCGGCGUACAGCUUCCGGGUCAUGUGGCCAGCAUGACCAAGCCGCUUCUGGCAAACCAGAGCAGCGCACGGAAACGCCGUUUACCUUCCCACCGGAGUGGUACUUGCACUUGACGUGCUUUCGAACUGCUAGGUUGGCAGGAGCAGGGACCGAGCAACGGGAGCUCACCCGGUCGCGGGGAUUCAAACCACCGACCUUCUGAUCGACAAGUCCUAGGCUCUGUGGUUUAACCCACAGCGCCACCCACGUCCCUAAAUGGACCUAUAGUCUGAUGCAAAAUAAGGCAGCCUCCUCAUCUCCAUAGUAGUACAGCUUAGUCUUUUACAUCCUUUAAACUAUUCCCUCCCCUUUCUUUCUUUCAGCUGGAUGAAGCUGUGGCUGCUGCUCACCUGGAUAAACUUGGCGUGAAGCUAACAAAGCUGACCGAUAAGCAGGCGAAGUACCUCGGAAUACCCAAAGACGGCCCCUUCAAACCAGAUCAUUACAGAUACUGAGCAGCUAGCAGGGCCCCAAAGAUCAAGACACAGGGACGUAAAUCUUUCAAAGUACUUGCUUCCCUGCUGGGAUUCAGCAGACGGCUCCACCCCAGUCACUUUUUAUAUAAGCAUUUAAUAGCGGUUCUACAUUGUCACAUUUUGCUCUCCCCACUCACAUCUCAGCCCAUAUUUCUUUUUUAGUGUGAAGUCCCCAUGACUUUCCCCAAGCACUUUUUUCUCAAACAACUGUGCAGCCGGCUCCUCAGCAGAGUGGUUGCCAUGCUGAAAGGUCUACGAGGAGUCUGCAAAUUCACUUAUCUUCAGGUCUGUGUUUCCAGGGGUGGCUCCUUUGCAUCUUCAGGUACCUGGAGUGAUCCUUCCCUAGCGGUUGUAAAGUACAGGCCACACUGCACAGCAGACUUUUUACCUAGCUGCUACAUCAUGCCUAGAUAACUGGAACUUAGCUGGGGUUGACCUGAAACAAAAAUGCAGGAUUUGCUUGCAUCUGCUCACUGGAUCUCUCGGAUCACAGAUGCUGGUCCAGAUCUAGCUUUUGGGUAAUGUAACAUGAUCCCACUUUGCAUAUAUAGUCUACGUAGUAAGAAAGGACCUGAAUGUGUCCAGAGAGGCAACGUCUAGAAGCAAUUUCUUUUGUGUGUAACAAAAUUAUAAGCCUGGAGCCAGGGAUUGGGGCAGCCAGUUCUCCAAAGAUGCCAGUGGUGAAUGUCUACUUGGGCCUAAUUUUUGAAUCUUGUGCCUGUCAUAGUGUCUUAAAACAAGUUUUCUUAAUAAAAUCUGCAAUGGUUGCCUUGUUUUUCUUUA